AUGCUCGAAUAUUCCAAAAAACAUUGGGGAUCCGUAGGGGUCAGAAACGAACAGAUCUUUGCCUGCGAAGCGCAUCUGGCUUUGAAGAUAGCGGACUUUGACCGGGAUGCCAAGAGCAUACGCAAACGCUGGGAUUGGGUCAAAGGCCUGUAUGAUGGACUUAAAAUUCUUCUGGAGAGACCUGGUGGGGGAAGAGACCCCGAGACCGGCCUGGUCACUUUUCCAGAUUACGUCUGGGACGAUUUCAGACACAAAUGGGACGCAGAGGUUCUAUGGCACCGAAAAAACGUUUUCAGAUGGUGGGACGUGAUGCAAAAGAUCAGAAAAUGGCAGCUUGCUGUCAACGCUCGCGGAGACCUUUUCUGGGGUCCUCUCAGUGAUCGCGAGCACAGCUCAGAAACAGGCGAAUCGGAAGGCUCUGAAGGCGAAGCGGAAGACUCUGAAGACGAGAUGCCAGGUGGCUCGGAAGAGCCUCCUACUCCCCCUCGCAAUCAAGCUACCAACAACGGCAAGAACCGCGCCGUCACGGCCUCCAACCGCAGAUCAAUCUCCACCCCGAUAUCCACCUACAAUUCUCUUGUGUCCCGCUCCCACGUGCAGCCGGCCAAGAGAAAGAUGUCAUCCACUCGGGACAGAGAUGCGAGACGAAAGAGACAGAAGGAGCAGGAAGAAGAGACGGGAAGCAGCGAUGAGAGAGAACCCCUUGCUCGCAAGACACCCUUGAUAACACAACCCAAGGCCAGCAAGAUGGUCGCUCCCAUGUCGAGGCCUAUCUCACAUCUGCCGACUCGGCCGUCUGCGAAAGAGCAGCGCCUUCGUGGUGACGUGUUCAAUUUCCUCGAGCGCGUGAGCCAGGAGGAGGGCUUGACGUUGUCGGUGGAUGCUGCAGCCUCUGUGUUUGUGGGCUGUAUGUCUUCUCCGACAUACUGGGAAAUGCUGGUGGGAGCGUACUGGUACGAGAGCACACACAAGAUCCUUUUAAGGUCAUUGCUUCAAAUCUUGGUGGACGAAUAUGCCCCUGGUGCCCAGGUCUCACAGGUGGCGAGGGCCGCGGCUAAUGAAGUCCCUUCCCAUUGGGCGCCAGGUUCGAGUCAGGAGGAGGAAGUCUGGUUUUGA